UAUUCACAACGGCUGCCACAAUUGGAACAACGCCCGCGGCAAGCAACUAUACGAAAGUGAGUGAAUAUCCGUACGCUGAUCUCCACCAGCAUCAUCACUUCGCUAGCACAGCGCCCCUGACCAGCACCGAAAGCUUCAAGCUGCGCUCCGAGGAGCCGGUGCCGGGCUUCAGCUCGGCCUCGCCGUGGCCAACGCUCGAGCUGGGCAUGGAAUGGGGCCGGAAACUGUAUCCCACUGCGGGACCCCGAUCGGCGGGCGGAUUAAUGUUCACACUGCCACCCACGGCGGCGGACAUGAAUCAGCCGCGGGGACCAAUGACAGCCAUGAAGGACGAACCACUCAGCGGACGCUGGGCAAUGCAGCCAGUUGUCGAUCAGACCAAUUUGGGCAUUGGACGCGCCCACUUUGAGAAGCAGCCGCCCAGCAAUUUGCGCAAGUCAAAUUUCUUUCAUUUUGUGAUUGCACUUUACGAUCGCUCGGGGCAACCCAUCGAGAUCGAGAGAACGGCCUUCAUUGGAUUCAUCGAGAAGGAUUCGGAGUCGGAUUCGACAAAGACAAACAAUGGCAUCCAGUAUCGAUUACAAUUGCUCUACGCCAAUGGCGCCCGACAGGAGCAGGACAUCUUUGUCAGACUCAUCGAUUCCGUAACCAAAGCGGCCAUCAUCUACGAGGGCCAGGACAAGAAUCCCGAGAUGUGCCGUGUCCUGUUGACGCACGAGGUGAUGUGCAGCCGCUGCUGUGAUAAGAAGAGCUGUGGUAACCGCAACGAGACGCCAUCGGACCCCGUCAUCAUUGAUCGCUUUUUUCUCAAAUUCUUCUUGAAGUGCAAUCAAAAUUGCCUCAAGAAUGCUGGCAAUCCGCGGGACAUGAGAAGAUUUCAGGUUGUCAUAUCCACCCAAGUGGCCGUUGAUGGACCACUGCUGGCCAUCUCGGAUAAUAUGUUUGUGCACAAUAAUUCCAAGCAUGGCAGACGCGCUAAGCGAUUGGACACAACGGAAGGUACAGGCAACUCAUCCCUGUCCAUUUCCGGUCACCCCCUAGCGCCCGACAGUACCUACGAUGGCCUCUACCCACCGCUGCCCGUGGCCACGCCCUGUAUCAAGGCGAUAUCGCCCAGCGAGGGCUGGACAACAGGUGGCGCCACCGUGAUCAUUGUGGGCGAUAAUUUCUUCGAUGGUUUGCAGGUGGUGUUCGGCACCAUGCUGGUGUGGAGCGAACUAAUCACAUCGCAUGCGAUACGGGUCCAAACACCGCCCAGACACAUCCCCGGUGUGGUUGAGGUGACGCUCUCCUACAAGAGCAAACAGUUCUGCAAAGGAUCACCCGGUCGCUUUGUCUACGUCUCAGCACUCAACGAACCCACAAUCGACUAUGGCUUCCAGCGUCUGCAGAAGCUCAUCCCACGGCAUCCCGGCGAUCCCGAGAAACUGCAAAAGGAGAUCAUACUCAAGCGGGCCGCUGAUCUCGUUGAGGCUCUCUACUCCAUGCCCAGAUCGCCCGGCGGCUCCACUAGCUUCAAUUCGUAUGCUGGUCAGCUGGCGGUGAGCGUACAGGAUGGCUCCGGCCAGUGGACAGAGGAUGACUAUCAGCGCGCCCAGUCGAGCAGUGUCAGUCCACGUGGUGGCUACUGCAGCAGCGCCUCAACGCCCCACAGUUCGGGUGGCUCCUACGGGGCCACAGCAACCACCGCCAGCGUUGCAGGCACUGCGAAUGGUUAUGCGCCUGCACCGAAUAUGGGAACGCUCUCCUCCUCACCCGGCAGCGUCUUCAACUCCACAUCAAGGGUCAGCAGCUUGAGCUUCAAUCCAUUUGCCCUGCCCACCUGCAAUACACAGGGCUACAGCACCAGUCAGCUGGUGACAUCAACCAAAUAAUAUUAUUAUUAAAUGAGGCUAUUGGCCACUGCUCUUGUUUCCGCUGCGCCGAUGCCCCAAGGACCGUGACGAUCCUUGUAUCCUUGAACCCGCCCCCGUGGUUGUUGUCGUUGAUCGCCAGCAAAUUAACCAAUGAAUCAAAUCAAAUGAACAAAAAAAGACGCUCGAAAGUGCAAUAAGCGAUGCAAAUGUUUCCCCAAAUUCAAAACAAAAAAUAUUUAAAAUAU